AUGUGCAACGGCGAAAUUAUGGGUAAAGAUUACACGCUGGAGUUCGUAUACACGACAAGAUGGCGCAUAAAGGUGAGAUAAAGAUGAGGUUCUUAAUAUGAAGAGUUUCGGCUUGUCUUUUGAACAUAAUGUAUCCCACAGGCUAGUUGAGUCUAACCUGAAUGCGGAUCAGUCCGGGGAACUUUGUAUUUGGAUAUUGAAACUUAAAACGGUUAAUGUACGUCUUUGCAUCUUUACUCUCAAGUUGACUCAAGGCCGUCUAUUGAUACCAGUUAUGUGGCUGAAUGGGGCACCAUGGUCUAAAAGCUCAGCUUACUUUUAGGCACUGAAUCGAAUCUUGAUAUAAACAAGAAUUUGUCAUCAGAUAGUCAUUUUCAAUUCAUUAUUCUUAAAAAAUAAUUUACAUUUGCUCUUGACCAUUUUUUCCUUUUCAGGAGGGAUCCGUACUUACGCUUCAGUACAGACCACGAAUGGAUUUUUUCUGAGGCUCAGGGUAGGUGCCAAACAGUAG